AGCAGGGAGAGAGCUAACGUUCCAGAGAUCCUGCCUCUAGGAUUUGAGUGUUUAAAGGAGCUGCUCCUCACCUUUGCUGCAAACGCAGCCUGCAAGUGCAGGAUCUGAAAAGGCUGGAAAGAGCAGCAACUACCAAAAGUUCUUGCAAAAUGCAACCCCUUCUUUUCAACACUGAAAUCUCACUAGGAGUGUUGGUAAUGGACUAUGGAUGGCUUUGUGUAGACCACUGCUCAGUCUCUGCAAAUUGGGGAAGUACUUAUUCCCAGGCCUCAUGAACAGGAGAGAGAGCAAAGUUUUGAAACAGAAGCUAUGCUGAUGCUUCCUUGUUUUGAAUGGGCUGGGUUUCUUCUCGUGCAUGUGUUUCCUUCUAUGAUCAGUCACGUCACAUAUUCCAUUUCUGCCAAUCGCCACUAAGGGAUGAAAUCGACUCGAAAGAAUUUAUGAAGCUUUUUUCUUUUUCUUUUCUUUUUGGGGUAAAAAUAAUAAUCAGGCAAGCAUUUUUUUGGUACGCCAAAACUUGACCAUGUCUUCUGAGGAGUGCGUUAUGCUAGACGUGGAGUUGGAUGGCUUCAUUCUUUGCAACACCUCUUCUGCUCAACAUGCAAAUCUGUCCCUCCUGGAUGAGGACUUGUUUUACUAUCGGUUCCUGUAUGCAAUUCCGACCAUUUAUGGGAUCAUCAUCUUGAUAGGACUCGUCGGCAAUGUUACGCUGAUCAAAAUCUUCUGCACCGUGAAGUCCAUGAGGAACGUCCCCAACUUGUUCAUCUCAAGCUUGGCUUUUGGAGAUUUGCUUCUUUUGCUCACCUGUGUUCCUGUGGAUGCCAGCAGGUACCUGUCUGCUGAAUGGCUGUUUGGUCGGGUUGGAUGUAAACUUAUCCCUUUCAUACAGCUGACUUCGGUGGGGGUGUCCGUCUUCACCCUCAUGGCUCUCUCUGCUGACAGGUAUAGAGCUAUAGUGAGACCAAUGGACAUUCAAGCUUCCCACGCCCUGAUGAAGAUUUGUUUGAAAGCUAUCAUGAUCUGGAUUUUAUCUAUGCUGCUUGCCAUUCCUGAAGCUGUGUUUUCAGACCUGCGACCUUUCUAUGACAAAGGCACUAACAAAACAUUCAUCAGUUGUACACCCUACCCACUGACCAAUGAGCUGCAUCCAAAAAUUCAAUCCAUGGCUUCCUUUCUCAUCUUUUACAUAAUUCCCCUGUCUGUUAUUUCAGUAUACUAUUAUUUCAUUGCCAAAAACCUGAUACGGAGUGCUUACAACCUACCGGUGGAAGGAAAUGUCCAUGUUAGAAAACAGAUGGAAUCGCGAAAACGCCUAGCCAAGACAGUGCUGGUUUUCGUCUGCAUCUUCGCUUUCUGUUGGCUGCCCAAUCACAUCAUCUAUUUAUAUCGAUCGUACCAUUAUUCCGAGGUGGACACAUCCAUUCUUCACUUUAUCACUUCUCUCUGUGCUCGGAUCCUGGCAUUUGCCAACUCUUGCAUUAACCCCUUUGCACUCUACCUGCUCAGCAAGAGUUUCAGGAAACAAUUUAACCACCAGCUUUCAUGUUGCAAAGCCCGCGAGCUCAUGAAGUCCCAGAGCAGAAGCACCACACGGAUGGCGUCCCUCAAGAGCUCCAACCAAUCGAUGGUCGUGUUCAGCUUCAUCAAUGGCAACCACCCCUGCCACGAGGAGAAUGUAUAGGCUGCACCACAGAGACUGAAAACGGUCACAAGAUCUGUGUAGCCAUUGCUGCUUGUUUUGUUUUGUUUGUUUGCUCCUGUAAGUAACAAAUGUACAUAAUUGCACAGAGAGGCGGACAGUGACCAGAGAACAAACUGACAGCAUGCGAGCAAGGUUUAAUGCAGAGCAGAAGGGCUGCCCACACCUGCACUGUCAUUUUUAGGGUCUUGCAUUAUAAUAUGUGGGUUCCUUUCAGUUUCUACUGUUCAGAGAUGAAUGUUGAAGGCAUCCAAGUCCUCAUCAGAUUAUCAGCCUGUUCCUUUGUUAGCCUUGUACAGAAGACUGCGGAGGGAGGAAACUUUUUUGGUACAUGCAGGUUCUGGAAGAAAGUCAGGGUUAUUAUCAUUAUCGUUAUUUAUUGCUAGAAUGAGCCAGUCCCCCAUUUUGUCCUUCACACUGUACGGAAACAGCCACAGGGUCCAGAGCAGAGCCAGCUCUCCAUCUUCACUGUCCCACACUCCACUCCUCUGGACCCAUAAUACCCACUGAUAAGGCAUUCUCAUCCCCUUUCUGUGAAAUACCUGCAUAGAUGGGACAGUCCUAGUAGCCGAGUCAGAUCAGUGUAGUACAUUUGCACUUGCGCAACAGGUUAGCACAUAUGCAGAGAGAGCACGACCAUUUUCAGAGAUUGGCCUGAAGGCUUUCCCCCCAUUUUGUCUGGUAGGAUGCUAACUUCUUACUUACAUCAUUUUAAAUGAGCAAGCCUGCAACAAAAACGAAAUAACAAAAUGAUGUAAGGGACUCCCUGGUUCUAUCUUACCUGCCCACCUUCACUCAUGCUUAAGAAAACACCUUUAUGGUUUUGCUUUUUGCACUAAAGUAAGGCAGCAUUUCUAAGCAUGCUUAGUUUAGAGUAAAACCUAUUUAACCCAAAGUGAUGUCAUCCAGGGAUUUUUUAAAAGGAAUUUUCACUGUGGCAGAGGGCAGGGGAAUGAACGCAAAAGGGCACCUAAAAAUCAUGCAACAGUGCAUUUUUCAUCUUCACUUGAAAUAAUUAAACACACAUUGAUUUAAAUAGGCAAACGUCUUGGAACAUAUAUUCUAAUAGUAAAUUGUUGUAAUUUAAAGAAACUUGGCAUUUAAAACGAAACUAAAAUGUCCAGAACUCUCUUUUUUUAAUAAUCCAUUCAGCAUAAAUCUCCUGAGCAGGCUGACAUUGUCUCCUGACUUUGAUUGAAAAAAAGUGGACAACAGCUGGUUGGGGAUCACAACAGGCUGUACCAAGGCCAUUCAGAGCUGGGUUUGGCCAUGCAUCAACUACCUGUGUUUGUGUGUCAUUAUGCAGGGACACAAUUAUUUUUAGUUUGCACUGUGUGGUGAGAGAAUUGCAAUUGCUGCCAGACAUUAUUGCACCAUGCUAUAAUUUAUAGGAAACAGCUAGCGAAGAUACAGAGACACUGAACAUCCUAAAUCACUCCAAUGUGGGAUAUGAGGGCACUCUAGAAAUUACUUCCCAUGGUUCCCUUCCUUCUUCUAUGCAAGAAAGAUUCUAGCAUACAAUAUCAAUCCUGUCUUCACAAGCUGUGUGAGUAACUAUGUUUAUAGCAGACCUUGGCUAGCAGACAGCUUAGGGUCCUGUUCUUUAUGACGAUGCUCUGCUAAAAAAAUUGUUCAGCUGCUUGCACACUUUCCAAACAAAUUGCACAUGCAUUUUGACUGUUAACAAAUCUUCAAUUCUUUCACUUUCACCAUGACCGGCGAAGUUAAAUUUGGAUUUGGAUUCACAUCUCCAGGGAAAGGACCUUCCUUUGUUAACUGUAGCUUUCUGAUUGCUGAAUCUCUACAAGUAAGUAUGCCAGGAAAGAUGCUCUUAUCACAUUACAGAUAAUAUUGUAGAACCUGGUGCACAUCUAAGCUAUUCCCGUUUUGUUAGCCAAAUUUGCUUAAGCAUU